GUUUUGAUAAGGAAGGAUGAAGUCUAUAUUCAUUUUAUCAAUAGCAUUAGCUGUCAUUGCAGUCCAACUUGAAGCCAAAAAGCUGCACAAAUGUUAUUAUUUGAUCACCAAAUGUCCUCGACCUACAAUACCAUGUCCUAUGCCAAGCAUUUGUAUAAAUGGAACACUGCGUCAUCAGGAUGGAGGCUGUUGCUGCAUUCCACAAUGCGAAGAGAAUGAAGUUUUCUACGAACGAGCUCCAAUAACUGCAGAUCCAACAUGUGAUGUACAAACUCCAUUCCCAUCAAUGCUGGGUGGUCGAUCCGGAUGCUUUUGCAAGUCUGGUUAUGUUCGCAACAAGGAAAAUAAGUGUGUUCAUAUCGACGAAUGUCCAAAACCAAUAACGGCAUGCCAUAAAAAUGAAACCUACAGUGAGUGCGGACAAAUUGCAUCUUGCGAGGCUACAUGCAGUAAACCAUUACCAUAUGACAUGAUGUGUCCUGCUAUUUGUAAAAAGGGAUGCUACUGCAAAGACAGGUACGUUCGCAAUAAGAACAGAAAAUGCAUACUUCUUGAGGACUGCCCUGAUCCUGAAUGUAGAGAAAAUGAGGAAUUCUUAAAACGUUACCAACUAUGCACUGAACCAACUUGUGAGCAUCCAAGAACAUAUUAUUGUGGACAACAGUACAAAAAGGGCUGCUUUUGCCAAAAAGGCUAUGUCCGGAACAAGGAAAAGAAAUGCAUAAAAUUAGAAGAGUGUCCAAACGAACCGCAUCAGCAUGAGCUGUAAUAAAUUACAAUAUUAUGUAUAUAUGUAAAUAGGGUACACGAUAUUGACGGUAUAUUUCUCAGGAUUAAUAAAAAAGAAUUUUAAUCGAA